UUAUCUUUUUUACAAAAGGCUUUCGGCGUAAUCCGACUCCGAACCUCUGGGUGGCUUUCACCCCGCUCUUGAACUGCACAUAGUGCGAUUCUGAUACCAGAGUUUUCGCAAUGGCGACAGUGUUGGAGCCAUCAGCUGUUAACCCACUGUUCGCGAUAAAGUCCCACUCAUCUUAUCCAAAUUACAGUAAUCUAAAGUUUCAGACUUUUUCCCUAACAUCCGCUUCUCUCACUCUUGGUCCUCCUGAUGCCAAUCGUCCUCGUUGUGCUGGAACGUCUUCUCCCUCCUCUUCACCGCGACCCCAAGACACUGACCUCGAUACUGAAUCCGACCCAGACCCGAAGAGCGACCGCCGGCGAGCCGUUAGGCUGGCCUGGGAGAAGCUAGUCCGGUGGUCCAGGUCUUGGCGCUCCAAGGUCAAGACUGACGUAAUAGAACGGACCAACAAGGUGGUUGUGCUGGGAGGGGGAUCAUUUGGGACGGCAAUGGCUGCCCAUGUUGCUAAUAAGAAGGCUCAAUUGGAAGUCAAGAUGCUAGUGCGGGACCCUCAAGUUUGCUUAUCUAUUAAUGAGAGGCACAGCAACUGCAAGUACUUCCCAGAACACAAGCUUCCGGAAAAUGUUGUUGCAACAACUGAUGCAAAAGAUGCUUUGAUUGAUGCCGAUUACUGCCUCCACGCUGUGCCUGUUCAGUUCAGCUCAUCCUUUCUUGAGAGUGUCGCAGAUUUUGUUGAUCCAGGCUUGCCAUUUAUAUCUCUCAGUAAAGGUCUAGAGCUUAACACACUGAGGAUGAUGUCUCAAAUUAUUCCUCAAGCAUUAAAAAAUCCUCGCCAGCCUCUUGUUGCACUAUCAGGGCCUUCCUUUGCUCUAGAGUUGAUGAAUAAGCUGCCCACAGCCCUGGUAGUGGCAUCCAAAGACAAAAAAUUGGCAAAUGCAGUUCAGCAAUUGCUAUCUUCCAGUCAAUUAAGAAUAAGUACAUCAAGUGAUGUUACAGGAGUUGAAAUCGCAGGUGCACUUAAGAAUGUGCUUGCAAUAGCUGCGGGGAUUGUGGAAGGUAUGAAUCUAGGAAACAACUCAAUGGCUGCUCUUGUUGCACAAGGCUGUUCUGAGAUACGAUGGCUUGCGACAAAGAUGGGUGCAAAACCAACAACAAUAACCGGUCUAUCAGGAAGUGGAGACAUAAUGCUUACGUGCUUUGUAAAUCUUUCGAGGAACAAAACAGUUGGCAUGCGUCUUGGAUCUGGGGAGAAACUUGAGAAUAUACUGAAUUCCAUGAAUCAGGUGGCAGAAGGUGUGUCUACAGCUGGAGCUGUGAUUGCUUUGGCGCAGAAAUAUAACGUGAAAUUGCCAGUUUUGACGGCAGUUGCUCGUAUCAUUGACAAUGAACUCACCCCACAGAAAGCUGUUUUCGAGUUGAUGAGCCUUCCUCAGGUGGAGGAAGUAUGAAACUCCUUAUCCUCACCUACCAGCCUGCAUUUUAUUUGGCCAUUCUUUUCCCUGUUGCCUCCUGGGUAUAAUUAUUUUUUCUUCGCCGUUGUGCUUCUGGUGCACAAGAUUUGGCGAGGACAAUUUUGCAAAAAUGGGAGUUAUGCCGUACAAUACUUGGAAUUUGAGGAAUAUAUAGACCAUAGACAACUCGCCUCAUCGAAUACUUGUUUACCACGUUGGUCAAACAAAGAAUACUUGUUUACCACGACCAUGGUUCCGAAUUGAUUUCGAGAUAUUUCCCAAGGAAGGAAGUUUCGGUAUGUUACUAAAACCAAGUGCUUGUGGCGUUAAAUAAGUUGAAUUCCAUUCAAGUUUAAACUCGAAGCUAAGCUAAGCCCCAGCUACUAGAAAUGGAAUUUUCGAAUUGCUACUGUCAAAGAGAAAUAUGAGAAGCCGAAGACAUUACAUUCAGACGAAAGAAACCCCAGGCCUCCUGACGAGGAUGCGAAAAGCCAGAGGACGAUCCACCUCGAGUCAAAGUUUGGACUGCUUGAAAAGACAUAUAAUUAACCAGUAAGAAGAGCACUUGAAUUUUCUUCAGAAAUGGAAUGCUUGUUCUAGUCAUCACGCGAUCAGUGAUUUUCUCAGUAUUCAAAUGAAGGGAACCAUGGAUGUUCCUCUAGCUCUUCAUUCUGCCAUGUAUCUUCUUUAUAUCCUGCUAAAUUCUCUUCUCUAA